ACGAAAAUUGCUACAGUUGAUCUUCACAGUCGCGCAGAAGUAAAAGGAUUGAAAAUGUUCUCCUUUCCAUGGGAUACUGACACAGCAAAGAUCUGGGUGAUCAACGCAGGGAAUCCAGAACUGAUAGAAUUAUCUCCAAAAUCACUUGGUAAAAAGGAGAUAUGCGAGCAGCAUUUCCAACAGCAGGAUAUUUUACCCAGUGGACGUCUCAUGAGAGAUAUCCUAGAGCGGCGGUCAGGCUCGGGUAUCCGAGCAUCCGGAGCUCAAUUUACCGCCACCGGCAACUAAUUCAACCACCAAUGCCGCACUCUCUCCAUGAGUUCGGUGAGAUUAUUCAGAGAGAUGAGUGGCGGCACAUGAUGUCGGACAGAGAUGGCCAACCCUUUUUCCGAGGGUUGAUUGGCGGGGAGGGUUGGUCGGCGGCAAUCUACUUAUCGCAAAAAAUGUUGAAUGCCCUUCGUGGCACUGAAAGAAUUCACGUCGACGCCACAUUUAAAACAGUGCCUGCACAAUUGCAGGCUCAACAAUUGCUUACUAUUCAUGGGGAGUACAUGCACCAUCUAUUCCCCCUCGCCUACGUUCUGAUGACGAGGAGAACGCAGGACGCGUAUGAGGGAGUUUUGUCCUACCUCAAAAAUCAGAUGCCUGCCUUGAAUCCUACAUUUGUACUAGCUGAUUUCGAGCAGGCUAUUCAAAAUGCCACAUUAACUGUCUGGCCGAAUUGUAGAAUUGUAGGCUGUUUUUUCCACUAUACACAGGCUGUCUACCGCAGAAUGGUGCAACUAAACACGGCUGCAGUAAUGCGGCAGAGCAUAGAGGCCUCCAAGGCAGGCCACAUGCUAAUGAGCCUGGCAUUAUUGCCCAGUGCCAGAAUUGAAGCCGGAAUGGAGGUUAUAAAGGCGUACAUUGAAGCACAUAAUCUUGAGGUGGAAUUCAGAGAUAUUCUCGAAUACAUGGAGAAUUUCUGGAUUGCCAUUAUUGGUGUCAAUCGAAUGAGUGUGGCUGACCAGCCGCACCGCACAAACAAUGCCCUGGAAGGGUUUUACUCCAGAUUGCUGGAGUUGAUGGGGCCCCAUCCAGGGGUUUGGAAAUUCCAUAAAAAACUUAGAGACAUUGAGAUGUCUCAAUGGCUCGAAUACAGCCGUAUGGUGUCCGGUGUGAGACACGUCCGGCCAUUGAGAAGAGUGUACGCACGUCAAAACUCUGCGAUAUUCGAAGCUACUGAAAUGCUGAGGCUCAACCAAUACAAUCUGGCUGAGUUUUUGAGCCGUGUUUCACAUACCACACGUGGACUGACUGUCCGGUUACAUGGGGGAGCAGCUCAGGCGGGCCAGUUGGCCGCGGAGCCCAUGAUGCCACCCCCCCCCCCCAGAGCAGUUACGUCACGGUCGAUUGGCUGUUUCCUGUAUUUCAUGUUGCUUACCAUGUUGUUGAGCAGCAGCAGUUACCAGAGUUACCAGUUAUCAACAACAAUGCGCCCGCAGCCACUGACCCUCACAAUCAACCCAGGAGAGGAAGGGGAGGUGGAAGAAGAGGAGGGGGUGGUGGAAGGAGAAGAGGAGCAGUUAGAGGCAGAGAAAUGAGAGGACCAGAAGGUCAAGCCGUUGUCGAAAGAGGUGGAGUAGGGAAUGACCUAGAGUUCUUGCAAGAACCAUGGCCCAUGGAUCAAGCCGAACAUCUGAGCCAGCGGCAAGUUGAAUACUUGGCUGCAAUUCCCACAAGCGGAGUCCACAAGCGCUCCUACAUUACGGAGCCUUGUGGACAUUUUGUCAUGUGCGGGAGAUGUGUGACUGUACAUCGGCA